AUGGUUGAAACUAAAGAGAAAAAUAAUAAUAAAGUCAUUAAAAUGUCAGCAAUGUCUACUAGUCAAAACGUAUUGAUAAGAUUGUCUAUAGUAUUAGGGAUGGCCGCCGCAGUAUUAACGGUGAUUUAUUUAACACCCAUGCCAGAUCAAAAUUUCAAGAGCUGUGAUAGACCUUGCCAUGAACUAGACUGGCCUAUGAUUUGUAGGGUUAAGCUAAAUAUUGAAAUGUACCAUACAGAUAAUCAUAUCUGUAAAGACUGUCGAAAAAAUUCGACCAAUCCACUGUCAACAUGCAACAAUAUUUUUUGUCAAAUGACAGAAGAAAGUAAUCCAAGAACAAUUAUAACUGCAAAUAGACAGAUUCCAGGUCCUGCUAUCCAAGUAUGUCAAAACGAUAUAUUAAUUGUUGACGUCAUCAAUAGGAUUCCUGGGAAAAGUGUAACACUGCAUUGGAGGGGACAACCUAAUAACGAAGCGCCUUUUAUGGAUGGCGUACCAAUGGUUUCACAAUGCCCAAUCUCUAGUUUCACUACGUUCCAAUACAAACUUAGAGCUUCCAAAGCCGGUACACAUUUUUACCAUGCCUUUCUGGACGCUGAUAGAUCAAAUGGAUUAUUUGGAGCCCUUAUUGUGAGACAAUCAGAACGAACUGAGCCACAUAGGAAUCUAUACGAUGUGGAUUCAAAAAAUCAUUUUGUUUUGAUAUCCGAAUGGUCUGGCGACUUUAGUCAUCCAACUCCAAUAGAUAGAGAUCUUUCCAAGACUCUUUUAAUAAAUGGAAAAGCUCCAAGUGAACAGGGGUCAAGUUUAACGAUGUUUAAUGUUCAGUCUGGAAGAAGGCACAGAUUUAGAGUAGCCUACACUAGCGGUUUAUCCGGUUGUCCUGUUAUCUUAACAGUGGACAAUCAUUUGUUGAAGAUAAUCGAGCUUGACGGUAAUCCCACUAACCCGCACGAGGUUAGUUCCAUUCGGAUAUCUAAAGGCGAAAGGGUAGAUUUUAUUUUGAAAGCAAACCAAGAAAAAGGAGCGUACUAUUUAAAUGUCAGAUCUAGUUGCGAACACACCAAUUUACACGGAUUAGCCGUGAUCAGUUACGAAGGUCCGCAAAAGGGGAAGGUAAAGAGAGAGCAUAAAAACGAAAAUGAUAGGGAUAAAAAGGAUAACAGAUUGGCGAGGCGUUUUGAUACAUCCCUUUGCCAGGCUGAAAUUGGCAAAGUUUGUCUCGGAGAUGUUAAAUCUUUCGACAAAAUGCCCGACGAAUUGCGGAAAGAGGAAGUUGAUAGAAAAAUCGUCUUAGAGAUUGAUUAUAAGUAUGGAGAAAGAGAGACAGAUUACGGGUCCCCAGGUGGUUUCACGGAUCUUCGGAAUAAAAUCUACAGAAUAAAUAAUUUUACAUUCAGUUAUCCAUCCUCGCCAUUACUCACCCAGCCGAUGGAUAUCCCUUCAGCUUCAAUUUGCAACGAAUUAAACGUACCGGACAAAUGCCGGGACAAGAAUAUUAUUUGCGAAUGCGUCCACUUGGAAACCAUUCCCUUGGGAGAAACCGUUGAAAUUAUCCUCAUAGAAAAAGGAGGCGACGAUGAACAUGUUCUUCAUUUUCACGGAAAUCAUUUUUACGUUGUGGCUUCUCGUCAAUUUGAGCGGCCAAUGAGUAGAAAGGAGGUCAAGGAGCUAGACAACAUGGGUGAAUUAGUCAAGAGGAAUUUGAGAAAUCCUGUUUUGAAAGACACCAUUCGGGUUCCGAAGUUUGGCGUAGUUGUGUUAAGGUUCCUUGCCAAUAAUCCAGGAAUUUGGAUGCUGAGAGACGAAAAUUCUCAGGGAUGGACUAAAGGAUUAGAUAUUGCGAUAGAAGUAGGCGAGAGACAUGAAAUGGUAGCCACGCCGUCCAAUUUUCCAACGUGUGGCGAUUAUGUUGGACCAGAUUUCUUUUUGCUGUAG